GGGGGGGGGAGAGAGGCGGCAGUUGGUGCCUUCUCCUUGGGAAGCGGCAGGCGGAAGGAGAGGCAGGGAAGACCCGGAUGUGUGUCCCCUCGGUGUUGUUGUGUGAGGCGCAGAAGGAGCGAGCCGUCCGCGUCUGAGGGCGAGCCGCCCCGCCAGGCCGCAGGAUGGAGGAGGCGGGGUUUGGGGCCGUGGCGCCGGCGGGAGUCGUGGCGCCGGUGCCGCCGUCUCCUCCUGCGUUGCCGGGCGCGGCGGCGUGAGGCAGAGGCGAGGGCCUCAGGCAGGCAGGAAGGGAGGCCUCUGGGAGAGAGGUGGGGCCUCGGCGGGGCCAUGCUGUCGGUGUAUGGGAUCCUGUUCUCGGCCCUGCUGGGCUCCUUCCUCACGCUCCUGGCCCAGGUGCUGCUCUUCUACCGGAGGUCCCCGGAACCACCUCAGGGCUCCAUCUCGAGCCCGGGCCCCAGCGCUUUCACGCCCCGCGUGGUGCCGGACCACAGCCUCAGGGAGUACCUAGCCGGCUUCAUAGGCUUCUCUCUGGAGCCCAAACCGCCCUCGCAGCAGGCCUCGGUCCAGGACUCGCUCUCAGUGGAGUGUACUGAGGAGACCCUCUACUGGCUCAAUGCCAUCUGCCUCUUUCUGUUUAGGGAGCUCAAGGACACGUCCUUCCUCCGCCACUGGGUCACCAGGAAGAUCAAGGUGGAGUUCGAGGAGUUGCUCCAGACCAAGGUGACAGGCAAAGUCCUGGAGGGGUUGAGCCUGCGCGACGUCGGCUUGGGCAACGUGGUGCCCCUCUUCAAGAACAUCAAGAUCCUCCGGCCCGUGACCUGCAGCGAGGACGGCUGCCCUGAGGAGCUGGACUUCGAGCUGGACCUCGAGUACCAGGGGGGCUUCCACCUGGCCAUUGACGCCGACCUGGUCUUUGGCAAGUCGGCCUACCUCUUUGCCAAGAUCUCCAGGGUGGUGGGUCGGGUGAGGCUGGUCUUCACUCGCUUGCCCUUCACGCACUGGUCUUUCUGCUUUGUGGACGAGCCCUUGAUCGACCUGGAGGUCAAGUCGCAAUUUGAAGGGAGGCCCUUGCCACAACUCACUUCCAUCAUUGUCAGUCAGUUCAAGAAAGUGAUUAAGCGCAAGCAUACUUUACCUCACUAUAAAAUCAGGUUCAAGCCGUUCUUUCCAUUUCAAGUUGAGCCCCCUGAAGAAUAUCAAGAUCGGCUUCUCAGUAUAAAAGAUUUUUCACUAACUGAAGGACGGUUGAAACUUUCCUUAAUAGAAUGUGCAAGGUUACUUAUUUUUGGAUCUUACGAGAGGGAAGUCACUAUUCAUUGCACAUUUGAACUGAGUGAGAAUGUUUGGGAAGAAAAACAAAGAACUUUCAUCAAGACGGUUGAACUAAUAAAAGGGAAUUCACCAAGUGUCGGACUUUCUCUCCGUCAAGUACAAGCUAAAGAAGGAGAAUCAGGACAUGUAGUUGUGGAGACUGUCAUACCAAACUCAGCUGCUGCAGCUGCUGAUCUUCAACGGGGGGACAGACUUAUUGCAAUUGGUGGAGUUAGAAUUAUAUCAACAGUCCAAGUGCUAAAGCUCAUCAGACAGGCUGGUGAGAAAGUCAUAGUAUAUUAUGAGAGGCCCGUUCGAGUACAAGAUACUCUCGGACAGAUGGAUGACGCAGUGUUGCCAGAUGGAGUCACCAUAACAGAGGCUGAGAUCAAAGAAGUGGAUUUAGAAUUUGAGGACUUGGCUGGUGAACUAAAAUCAAGUGAAUAUAAAGACGAUCUGUUAACAACAAGCCCCAAGCAUACUUCACUUGGUGCUAAACAACCUGGAAGUGUAUCACCAGUAUUAAAUCGUAAGACAUAUUUAGGAGGUCAUCAGUUGUCUCCACGGGCACUUUUCAAAGAAGCAGCCAAACAAGUAGUACUCAGAAAUGCUGAAAACGCGGAUGGGACCCUUCAAAUAAAUAGACCAAAUAAGCCUCCUGUACCGCCCAGGCCACUGCUUAAAAUGACACCACUUCCUAAUGACACUCAGAAUAAAUCAGAAACUGGUGAGUUAACUUCAGAAAAACUAGAUAAGCUGGCAUCUUCAAAUAAUGAAGAGGGAAAUUCAGAAAAAUCAACAAAAAAUAGUGAUGUAGGGGAAGAACCUGUAGGAUCUAAACCAGUUAUAAACAAGCCAGAAAUGACAAAGGAAACCCCAGAACCCUCACAAAUCUUGAAAACCAGUACCAACAAGCCUAUAUCAAACAAAACAGAAGUGCUAAAAGACUCUUCAGAGGCUACACAGACUCCUAAAGUAAAUACAAACAAACCAGCUACAAAUAAAUUAGAAACAGCAAAGGAGACUUCUGAAUUUUCACAAAGUUUUAAGCCAACUAUGCUAAAUCGGGCAUGGGAAUCUCCAGAAAUCCCUUAUCGCAAUCGAUUAGGGAAAUGGGCAAGAACAAAGGUCUCCUCUUACAUCUUUGAAGUACAGAAAGAACAUAAGUACCUGAAUGUUGCCAUUUGGUGUAGAGACCCUUUCAAACUAGGGGGACUUAUCUGUUUAGGAUAUGAAAGCAUAAACCUUGAAGAAAUAGCUUUAGAUUGUAUAGCUACAUCCUCCAUGGAAUUCAUCAGACAAGUUAGAUUAAACCCUCCUGCACCGAAAGCUACAGUAAGUAGAACUGCAUUGCGUACACUGACCUCACACAAAGGUUUCAAUGAAAAUUUUUGUUAUGGUGACAUUACCUUACAUUUUAAAUAUUUAAAAGAGGGUGAAUCAGAAGAUUCAAGUUUUUUGAUGGAAAAAGAAAAAGAAACAACUUCAGAAACCGUAGCAGUUCCCAGUUUUCCAAAAGAGGAUCCUUAUUUUGGACAAAUAAUUUACACUGAAAACAAACACAACUUUCAAGACACCCAGUUUCAGAAUCCAACUUGGUGUGACUACUGCAAAAAGAAAGUUUGGACAAAAGCAGCUUCACAAUGUGUAGUUUGUGCAUAUGUUUGCCAUAAAAAAUGUCAAGAAAGAUGCCUAACAGAUGCCCCAUAUUGUAUAGGGGCCAGUAGACGGCUUGAGCGAGCCCUACAUACUCUUAAAUUUGAAAACCAAGAUACUCAGUUUACAGGAGUGUCUCGUGUUGAUCCAGAAUUGAAAAAUGCUACUAGAACAACUGGUUUAACAAGACACAUCAUGAAUACUGGCACCCGAUUAUUAAAUCUUCGUCAGGUUCCUAAAGUUCGUGUCAGCGAGCCAGGGACUGACACAGCGGAACCUUCACCAAGACCAACACCACAUCAUUCUGAUAAUGAAGGCAGUGACACAGAUACUGGUGGUCCAAGUAGCCCUUCUAAGGCCUCAUCAGGCACAACAAUAAAGUUAGCAAGAAAAGAGGGAGGACUUGAUGAUAGUGUGUUUAUUGCUGUUAAAGAGAUAGGUCGGGAUCUUUACAGAAGUUUGCCUACUGAGGAAAGAAUCCAAAAAUUAGAGGUUAUGUUGGAAAAACUACAAAAUGAAAUAGACCAGGAACUGGAAAACAAUAAUUCUUUAAUUAAGGAAAAGAAAGAAACAACAGAUACAAGGAAAAAAAUGGCGUUGUCUGCUGCAUUGGCUAAAUCAGGAGAACGACUCCAAGCCCUAACACUCCUCAUGAUUCAUUAUAAAGCGGGCAUCGAAGAUAUUGAAGCUUUAGACCUGGAAUCUCGGAAAGAAGAAGACGACAACUUAAUGGAAGAUGAUGACGAUAAUGCUCUAGCAAUGGCGCCAGUACUUGAAAGUCUCCUAAAAGAAGGAGAAAGACUUCACGCAGCUAAUGAAUCAGUAGACUGAUAUUGCACAUUUGGCCUUUAGAAAGAUAAACUGGGAGAAUACUUUGCACUUAAUCAAAACCACAUCAGAUACUUCAAAAUGUAAUUAAACACUGGUAUGAUGUAUACAGCUGCUCCUCCAUUUUUUAAAGAAAAACUGUAAAAAUUGUUAGAAUUUUAUUUCCAUGUACUUUACCACCUUUUUGUGAAAACACUGGUCCAGAGUGUGUUUAGAAAUAUUUUGGGGAUUUAUACUGGAAGGUUAUUUGUAAUUUAUUUUGACUUUUUCUAAAGUUUUAUGUUAACAUGUCAGUUUUCUCUUUUGUUCCUUUUCCUGAUUAAUUGCAGAGUCUUGAGAUUUUUUUAUGCUUACAUUAACACCAUCAUAGCGCCCACAGUGGACCAGGUUCUGAAAAUCUUGAUUGUCUCAUUAUUUAACUCCUUAAUAUAUUUUGAGAAGAGAGAGUUGUGGGUUGCAGAUGGUUUCUAGGGUUUUGCCAAUCAUGCAUCAUAGCCAAUACUGUGGCAUUAUUUUCAGUGAUUUAGUAAAGCUUUUAUUACAUAUCAACAUUUUUUGCUUUCUAUACUUUUUCAUUCAUAGAUUUUGAAAUGUUCAUUAUGUUUGAAUGCAUUUUUCUCCUUUGGCUUAGUUGAAUUUUCAACUUCUAAAAUAUUUAAUUGAAACUCUUGAAUGACCCUUGAUAAAUGCUUAACCUUUUUUUCUCCUAAAAACAAUGGGCAUUAGAUUUUGCCUCAACAAAGUUCUACCAAUGUUGCACAGCAGUUUACUGGAGAUGUGCCAGCAAGAUUCUUUUCUCAAUGUAAAAGUACAGCUGUCUAGCUUUAUAGAACAUAUCACUCUAUAAUGUAAUCCUGCUUAACCACCCGUUAGAGAAAUUGAAUUGUAGCCUUUUCUGUUUCCCUAAGCAUUGAUUUUGCUACAGAAACUACAACUUCAAAGUUCUAAUGCUUAAGUGGAUAACAUUUAAUUAAAAUUUCUCAAAUGAUUGGCUUUCCACUGGUUGUAAUGCCAUCAUACACAUUAAAACAGCAGUUAAAUGCUCAAUAUGUUAAUAUAGCAUGUAGUUUCUUUCAAUAGAUUUUGAGCCCAAGAGGAACUACAGUGAACAUUGUCAACUCUUUUUUGAAAAGUCCCAACUGAUCUGAUGCCGGAGAUGUUAUUUUGAGGUUUCAAAUCUAUAUGUCUUAAGGCUUGAUUGUCCAUACUCAUAAUUAUUUUGGGCACUAUAAAAAUACCUUUGUAAAACCUAAAGUUAGCCUAUCUAAAUCACCCUUACUUUGACUGACAGUCUUUGAUAUUGUGACAAGUGUGCUUUGCUGUAAUCAUUGUAGUAAAUAAUUUCCCGAAGUUUUUCCUUAAAAACAUUGUAUUCUCAUUUUUAAAAACCUAAAAAUAUAAAUAAUUGCUGAAAUGAAAAUACAAUCCAAACUAAAAAAGGGGAUAUUUCUAUAUUUGAAUAAUUUGCUUUAUAACCUAAACGUAAAUAUUUCAUAACACCCCAACCAAAAACAGAAUCUGUUUUAUGAAUUCUGCCUCUCUCCAUUAGUAUUUAACUUGUGUCCAGGUACUCCCUCUAUAAACAUUUCGUGAUUAGAAACAACUGCAGUAAUAAUGAAGACAUUAGAUUUAUGAAAUAACAUCUUACUCUUUUAUCAGUUAAUGAAAUUGGCAUAUGUAGUUGGGUAUCAAUACUCUUCUAUGAUGAUUGUAUAAUAUAAAUUAAAUGUAGUGCAAUAUUCUAAACGUUGCGUGAGAAUGGUGGCAAAAUAAUUGUAUGGUAGCAACAAGGAAAAACAAAAACACAUAUUUAUACUAAAACACUGAUCUUGAGAAGCAAGCCGUAUUAAUACAUUCCUAUUCUAUUCUUUGCUUCUGUGCUUUACCAUACAUAGAAAAUAAAAAUACCACUGAAAGCAAGAAUAUCUUCAUGUAGUGGUAUGUAACUACUUGACACUUGCACAUAUUUAUGGAAAUCUGCCUGAGAUGAUUGUAAGAUAUGAUUUUAUCAUGAGAACAAGCUUUAAUAAAAGUUUUUUUAAAAUACA